AUGGAGUCAGAAACCAACCGCGAGCCGUUCGAGGAAGAUCUCAACGAGACAGAGCAAACCAAAGACUUGGAAGUGAAAGAUAGAAGUUCUCUGCCGUUCAUUCACGAAGAUUAUGCUACCAAUGGCACUGAUGCGUCGGGCAGUGUGUACACCGACAGCGGAGAUGAAUUCGACAAAGAUAAUGGGCAGUACUCGCUUAAACGGCCAGCUGAAGAUGAUCUGAUACCUCGACAAUUCAAGAGACAAAAGGGAGUGCUCAACACCGACUACUUGGAUCUUCUCAACAGGGACAUCGAAAAUGCAGCACAGCGUGUUUGCUUCACCCAUGACGACGAGGAGACCGCCUUGUACCCAACCCAAAUUGGUCUCACCUACUGGUCAUUACCAGAAAAGAAACUAUUUUUUGAAGCCACCGCCCGCCUAGGCCAAACUGACCUAAAAGGCAUUGCAGCCCGUGUAGGAACAAAGAGUGAGAUCGAGGUAAACCAUUACCUUGAUGUGCUCCGAAGAGCCCGGCUUCUUAGACAGCGCGAGGUCAGACGUCCAGCAAUAGAGUUUUCAGAAAUACCCGCUGCUGUUGAGUUAAGUCAGCAAUGCUGCCACGCACUGGACGAAGCCGCGGAUGCUAUUUCUAUGCGCCAGGAAAGAAAAGAAGAAUUACGAGAAGAGGGCAAAUGGGGAGAGUGCUGGGAUAUCACUCCCAAGAUCGCACUUCGACUCGACAAGGGUGAAAGCAUAAAUGGAAGCCAAGAUCUUCAAUUCAAGGGGCUGUUCAACCUCCACACCUGGUUGAGGCUUUCAGAACGUGUCUUCAUGAAUUCGUCAAUUCCUAGUGAGAACUGGCAGCAUAUUGACGACAGGCCUCCAUCGAUGUGGGCUACGACAUUCGACGAUUUCCACUCACUGGCUGUUUCUCUAACGAAGCGACUCGUUCAAACGACUCUUUUCAUGAGUAUGUCAAGAAUCAGAGCCAAAAGGGAACUUCAUCCCCACACCCGCGACAUCGUCAGAGCCCAAGACGUGCAAGCAGCCAUCGCCUCGUUGGGGAUGAAGCCAGAUUCGCGCCAGUUCUGGAGUAAAUGUGCACGACGACUACGACUAGAAGUACAAGAAGAGCCACCCAGUAAUGACGAAGAAGGAGAAGGAGAACCUCUCAGUUACGAAGAAAUCGAGGACCUUUUAUCACUAACUGACGAAGAUGUCAAACCAAUCAUCAAAAGUGAAUUCGAUGACGAUGUCGAGUUUUCUGAGCCAGAAGCUUUAAGCCCCGAUUUUGAGGAUCCACCAUUGUUAUCCGACGAAGAAGAUGCUGCCGUCAACAGAGAAGCAAACGAAGUACUGCAGUUUUCGGCCGCCGACUUUCCAGAAACGUACCGCAAAAAAGAGGUUCUGAAGAAUCGCAUCGCCACAGAACGCCGGCAGGAGAAAUACGCAGAAGAGCGCGACCAGUACGCAAAUUGGCAGGCCGAGAAUGAGAUGUGGGAUCUGCUGCAGAAGAAACCACCGAUUGAACUGCCCAGGGUACCCGAACCAGGUCCCCUGCAGCGAUCAACUAUGGAUGUGGAGGGUAUUUUUCCCAUAGGAAGAGACUGGAGGACUAAAACAAAGUACCGCAGCGAGUGGGAGCAGUGA